AUGGACAAGGUACAGGCCUUCGGGAAGAACUUCAGCGCAACAUUUUCUCCUUUUGCUGCUCGAACGCAGCAAUUUGUCAAGGAGCAACUCGGUCAAGCUGAAGACAAGACCCAGCUUCCAGAUGACUAUAUUGAGCUCGAGAAACGCGUCGAUGCUCUAAAGGCGGUUCAUCAGAAACUCCUUCAGGUGACAUCUCAAUACUCGCACGAGGCGUACGAUUACCCUCCGAAUAUUCGAGAAUCGUUUAAUGAUCUUGGCCGUACAAUUGGCGAGAAAGUUCAGCUCCUCUCCCACGCCACUACCCCCGCCGAAGCUCAAGCCGCUCUCACAGCACCCCCGUCCGCCAAACCACAGCCAAAAACAUUCAGCCAUGCUAUUGCCCGCGCUGCACUGGCCGGCUCGCACACGCUCACCCAGGCUCACCCCGACGGUUCAGAGGACCCUCUCGCAGCCGGGUUAGAGAAAUUUGCCCUUGCUUCGGAGAAGGUCGGAGAGGCAAGGCUCACGCAAGAUGCCCAAAUCCAAAGCAGAUUCUUGGCGGGAUGGAACACGACGCUGAAUACCAAUUUGAUGUUUGCAACCAAAGCGCGCAAGAAUGUGGAAAAUUCGAGAUUGAUGCUUGACUCCACCAAGGCCAGCAAGGGCGUCACAAAGGGCGAAAUGGACCAUCUCAGCGAGGAAGCUCGGUCAGAAAUUGAACAAGCCGAGGAUGAGUUUGUUGGACAAACCGAAGAAGCUGUCGGUGUAAUGAAGAAUGUAAUUGAUACGCCCGAACCCUUGAGAAACUUGGCCGACUUGGUCGCUGCGCAGCUAGAAUAUCACAAGAAGGCCUACGAAAUCCUCAGUGAACUGGCUCCUGUCAUCGAUGGCUUGCAAGUGGAACAGGAGGUAUACUUAGGCCCCUCGAAUAACUCCUCAGCCACGCACAAAGUACUGAUUAGAAUCUCUCCAAAACAGGCAAACUACCGCAAGAGCCGAGAGGGAGCGUAG